AUGCGAAACCAUCAUCGGAGGCCGGCAAAACCGGGAUUCAGGACUCAGGACUCAGGAUCCAGGUCAUCUGACUGUCACGUGCCUAAGCCACGCCUGGCCAACGCAAUGCAGGUGCCACCGACAGGUCCUUCGGGGAAUAGAAAACCCAGAGCGGGCUUGCUGCACUGCAUCCCAUCCAAAGCCGGGCGUGACAAAUAUUUAUUAACUGCCACAAACAGCGGGCAUCAACUUAGGGCCUUGAUCCGAGCAUUAGAGAGCUAA